UUAGGCUCCUUCCUCUCCUUUUCUGCACAAUGUUGACCUUCAUGUCCCCUUAGCAUUUGAGAAGGUAGACGUUUUUUAUUCCUAUAUGGAAGACAUAACUGAACAAGCUGAUUAGGAAAACUGUUUUUUCUAAUUCUAUCAUAUCUUGUAGGGAAGGAGAUAGAACUUAAUACUUGGGAAACAAGUAGAGAAAUACAGCAAUCAGACAAUAAAAUGAAUAGUUAUUCUGAUUUUAUCCUUAAAAAAAAAAAAAAAAAAAAGCCCUGUAGGCCUGAGCUCAAUGAUACAUGACUAGACCAUCAAAUUAUUUCCCUGUUGAGGAAAACAGAAGCUCUUUUUCUGAUAACUCUGCGUUCCAGGCUUUCAGCAGAAAAAACAAAGACACGCACUGCACACCAUUAAGUACUUGGGAGACAUGAUUUUCACCAGGAUGUAGCUCAAUUAUACAAGUGAUUUAUAAAGAGCCUGGAGGAAAUACUUCUUGAUUUGGGCAGGGGCGCUGUCAGAUUAAAGGUACAGCAGAUCUACAUGCUGUUUGUUCCAGCCCUGUCUUCGAUCGCUACAAUCUGAGUGUCUUGUCCGUGCUGGUGGAUGAUUAACAGAGGUUAUUGGUCUCCAUGGCAAAACGAUUGAACGAUUGCUCUGAACGUAAUCUCAUUUAUGGGGUGCAAAAAAAAAAGACUUCACGUCAGAGAGAAUGUAUAAAUGUCCAUCGCUGCUAUAUUUCAGAGGCUGAAGCAACUCCAAGGACACAGUUCAUAAAAGUUUGGUUCUCAGCCUCAAAAUACUGAUUGAACUGGGGACAAUUACCAGGACGCUCUGGCCGAAAAGCUUGAAGAGGCUCUGUGAAGGAGGCAGUGAGGAACUGUGUUCGCUGACCUGCAUCCUACGCCCCCAGCAUGUGUACAGGGGGCUGCGCCAAGUGCCUGGGGGGCACCCUCAUUCCCCUCGCUCUGUUCGGCUUCCUGGCUAACAUCCUGUUGUUUUUCCCUGGAGGAAAAGUGAUAGACAACAACGACAACCUUUCUGAUGAGAUCUGGUAUUUCGGAGGAAUAUUAGGAAGCGGGGUCUUGAUGGUCUUCCCCGCGCUGGUGUUCUUGGGCCUGAAGAACAAUGACUGCUGUGGGUGCUGCGGCAACGAGAGCUGCGGGAAGCGAUUCGCGAUGUUCACCUCCACAAUAUUUGCUGUGAUCGGAUUCUUGGGUGCUGGAUAUUCCUUUGUGAUCUCAGCCGUCUCAAUCAACAAGGGUCCUAAAUGUUUUAUGGGCAAUAGUACGUGGGGAUACCCCUUCCACGACGGGGAUUAUCUCAAUGACCAAGCCUUAUGGAGCAAGUGCCAAGGGCCCGCUGAUGUGGUUCCCUGGAAUCUGACCCUCUUCUCCAUCCUGCUGGUCAUAGGGGGAAUCCAGAUGAUUCUCUGUGCCAUCCAGGUGAUCAACGGCCUCCUGGGCACCCUCUGCGGAGACUGCCAGUGCUGUGGCUGCUGUGGGGGAGAUGGACCAGUUUAAACCUCUGUGAUGAGCUGCUCUAACCUACAGAAUGAAGGAAGAUACAUUAAACUAAUUCUUCUCUUCUUGGGUUUGUAAACUCCUGUCUGCUUCCUAACUAGCAAAGUGCAGGGCGGGCAGAGUUAUUU